UCAGUAACUGUUUAGCUUGACGCGAGCGAGAGCAAGCUAGUCACAAGCAGAUACACAAAGGGUGUGGAAGAAGCCGCAGCAAUGGGAAUCAAACUGUACUACACCACCGUUACUGCCUCGCGGACGGUGAAGUCUCAACAGGCAGAAGUGAUACGAAUCCUUGACAGUAAAAGCAUUCAGUACGAGCUCAUCGACAUCUCUCUGGGCGGGGAGCUCCGUGAUGAGAUGAGAAGCAAAGCAGGGGACCCGACAGCAGUCCCUCCCCAGCUUUUCAAUGAAGACAACUACUGUGGGAACUAUGAGAUGUUUUCCGAAGCGGUGGAAGCAGAUACAGUGGAACAGUUUCUGAAAAUGGCGUGAGGAGGGUGAAGUGUAAAUUCUCCAUCUUAACCCCAGCCACCUCCCCGCCCGCCCUCUGCCCUAAUGGAGGCUCUUUAUUCACACUCUCUGCACCAAUGGCAGUGUCUACCCACUUUCAAUGCCAUAACGAAGAAUGCCAAAUAUCUCGUAUUCAGCUAAUCAGAAGACACACAUUCCCCAUACUGCACCAUUAGACUCUAAAUCAGUCUUAAUCUGUUUUAUUUUUAUGUGUUUUGUUUUUUUUCUUCUGUUAUUUCCUUUGAUUCCUUUCAGACUCUUUUCCUGUCUGACAGACCAGUGUUACUAAGUACUCAUUGUCCACUUGGAAUCAAUGGGGUGUCUUAAUGUGCGGUAAUUAGGUCGACUAAUCUUGGCAGCGGCCACAUGAUCGCUGGAGAUUAAAACUAAUCCACUGGAUGACAACAUUCAACCCAGAAUCUUCCUGAUCCUCUGCAGACCAAACACACAUCAUCACUCAGUCUUAAAUACUUUGUCGUCUUUUUCUGUAGCCUUCAAGUUCCCAUGUUGUACAUGACGGCACACUAUCUGUACUUCACAUGGAUGCAAAUGCACACGGAAGUAGCAAGGACCGCGAUGUCCUUAAACCCAAUUGAUCGUGAAUUAUACCAGCUAAAAAAUGCCUUUUUGGCACGGGACAGUUCUUUGUUAUUUUUGGUCCAUUGGUUACCUUAUGCAGUAUGUGAUGAGAGGUUUGGUUCUGAAAUGAGAAUCCACUGUAGCCCACCGUGCUGAUCUGACCUGGUUUGAGGGGCUGUAAUGCUACCAAAAUUCAGAAAGUGCAUUUUUCGCCAGAUUUUGGCCAGAUAAUAAAAAUAUAAAUUACUUUAAUGAAGCUAGAAACUAGCACUUGUUUAAGAUACCCUGUGGAGUUUUUUUUGUUUUGUUUUUUUUUUCUGUAAAACAAAUGUUAAGUUACAUUUUGUGUUUCUCACAAAAAUGUAUAAAUGUGCUGGUCUCUGCAAAUGUCAGGAAGGAAACGCACAAUUGCUAAAACAUUUUUAAACCUAUUUUGUUUACAUCUCAUUUGCUAGCUCUUUAAACUCACUGGUAACCCAGUUUGGACGUUACCGACCACCGACUGUCGAUCUGAGUGGUGUGAAACUGGCAGCAGGAAUGUGUGUAUGACAGACAAAACAGGGACCUACCUAUAAAAACAUUGCUCUCUAGCGCCACAAGUGGUCAAACGCUCCUCAGGGUAUCUUUAAGAUAAGUUGUGGAUGGAUGUGGCUUUAAGCAAUUAGUGGCGACUAGGCCUGUAGCCACCGUUUAGUACACUGAUGUUGUGCCCCGUGUAUUUUUUUGUACUGGGGAGAAAUAACAUACUACAAUUGAAACUUUAAUGUGGUGGGUAUUUCAAAGGCUGAUUCCAGUGUUUUACUACCAAACAAAAAAUAAUUCACUAUUUCCCCCUAAAAUUGUAUCGAGUGUGGAGAAACUUAAAAUUUACAGGAAAUCUAGUGGACAAUAAUUAAAAUUCGAAAAAUACAAAUAAUUCAACUAUUUUGCAAACUUUGCUUUUGCUGUCUGGUCAAACCUUUCUGAGGGGUAGGGUUUCAGGGAAGGAUUUGAACUCUAUUUCUAAGAUCAUGUUUACAUCCCUGUAGGAUUUGUGGACCAAACGCUCCCUUUAGAUAUGUUAUAAUGGUCUCCAGUGAACCAAACGUACUCAAAAGUUGGUGUACUCUUGAACAAAUAAGUGGUUAAACAUUUCAAGUAGUUGGCUGCUUAAUUCUAGCAUCCAGUUAGGCAGGAUGAACAGCGUCUUCUUAACAUCACAUUUGGUGCCAAUGUAUCUGCAAUGCGCUUUUGGGAGGUGGUUGUUCACUGUUGUAUUAGCACUUACCUGACAUCUCCUACGUUUUCCGUAAUUUUACUGUAUAACUUGAAAGCUUCACCAAUGGGUGUUUCUGCAUUGCUGACUGACUGGGGCAAAAGGACGCCAAACAUUUAUAAGGGAGCAUUUCGUAGGGAGAGUAAACGAUUGGACCGAAAAGAUGUGAAUCUUCUUCCUUUCAACCACGUAGCUUUUCCUUCCUCUGUUUAUUUUAUGUAAGUUUCACUGAUUGUACUGGGCAUGAAGAUGCAGUAAUGUGACUAUGCACUGAAACCCUGCCUCAUUCUGAACAGACAUAAAGGUCAUAGCUGGUGUGUUUAGAUUGACCGGACUCAGUCUUACUAGCCUUAGGGAACAAUCACCACAUGGGAAAAAUGAAGGCUUCACUUAUUUGUGCUUUUUAUGUAUUUGCAUCAUACGUUUGAUUAAUCUCAGUUGAAAUGUUUUUUGUAUCGCUUUCAUGUCUUUUUUUUUUAUUUUUAUUGAGAACAACAUGGUUUGCUUCUAUUACUCGUAACAUCUGUCAAACCCCCAUGCUUUCAUAAUUGUGUUGUUACGGUUUGGGAUCCAGAGGAAUGACAGCCUUCACACACAAUGUUUGUGCACUGUUUUGUAAGUCGGUGGUUGUAGAUGUUUGCCUGUUAUUGAUGUAUAUUCACUAUGAACCAUGUUUUAGACAUUCCACGUCUCUCUCUGAGCUCCUGCUUUGCUUUUGGACCAAUUCCCCUUGGCCAAAAAAAGAAGAAAUUAGGGAAUAAAAUGCUGUUGUCUUCCAAGAAGAUUGUGAAAAGUGAUUUAUGGGUUAAAAAAAUAAAAUGGAGUUGAAUCUAA